CCAUAGAGCAUUGAUUUAUUGCACUUGCAGUGAUACAUGAUGUCUGAUUAUAAGUCUGGAGGUUCACUUAAACAUACAAAUUAUGAAGUGCAUUUUAAAGGUGAACAUGUACUUCAUUACCCAUGGAAGCCAUAUACUGGUACAACCCGCAAGCAAGAAGUGGAAGUGAAAAUGUUAUGCCAUGUUACUCAUUUCUAUGAAGCCGAUCGUAUAAUUUGUAAUAAUAAUGGCAAAGAUUAUCAAAUUGAGUUUAAAGCUUUUGAAAAAUGUGGAAAAGAUGGAAGCAUGGAAACGUACCGGAGUCAGAGUCCUGCAAGUAUUGAGCCUAAUGAUUCUACAAUGUAUGAGCCUGUAUCUUGUUAUAGCAACCUUUUCCCUGGAUACUAUUCAUGGUGGUCUCCUGUAAAUGAACGUGGCUCUUUUUUUGGCACCAUUGAGUUCUCAGCCCAAGUAGAUGAUUUGAUAGAGUGUUACAAGAAAGCAUUCGAUCUGCCAUCUAAAGAAAUCCAAUUUCGUUGUGGUGGCACUCUUCGUUACAAGAAGCAGGCAUGCAAAGUAAUUAUAAUCUGCUUAAAAGAAGUAUUUAAUCUACCAGAUAAAGAAUACCCAGAGAUGCCAAUGAUGACAGAAAGAGAAAUUAAGCUUCAAUAUGAUAAUCCCGAAAAUUUCAUAUAUGAUACGUUUGCCUUUAUGUUUCAUUUUCCGAAAAGGCACAUGCGGAUGAACUGCCCAGAACAAGCAAUAAUAUGCAAGGAAGUAUAUCACAAUUAUAAAAGUUGUGCUAAAUGGCGUAGGUGUCCAAAUGGUAAUAAAGAGCCUCCCAAGCUACUGAAGUUGAAACUUGAGAACAUGAAGAAAAGAAGAGAAGAAAAAGCAGUCGGCUCAAAAUCAGCACAUAUUGCACUGUCUCCUUUGGAAGAUGAGAAGCCCAAGGAAGAAAUGGAAGAUGAGAAGCCCAAAGAAGAAAUAGAAGAUGAGAAGCCCAAGGAAGAAAUGGAAGAUGAGAAGCCCAAGGAAGAAAUGGAAGAUGAGAAGCCCAAAGAAGAAAUAGAAGAUGAGAAGCCCAAGGAAGAAAUGGAAGAUGAGGAGCUCAAGGAAGAAAUGGAAGAUAAAGAAGUGAAAGACCAUCCCAGCAUGCCCAAAAAAAGAAAACGAAAUGAUGAAGAUGACAAUGGCGAGGAUGAUUUGGGUCCUAUACUCAAAAAGAGUGGUCCUGUUCAGUUCUAAUAUUAACAUGGGGAAUUGGGGGGUUAUUUAGCUAUAGCUUUUAUAAUAAAUUAGCUUUAUUUAGUUGCUGCAAUGAUGUUUUAGAGAUAUUUUAAUGCUUCUUUACAAGGAAAAAGUUCACGAUUUGUGAAUAUUGUUAACAAAGUGUGAA